AUGGCGGGGCUGGCGCGCGGCAGCGUGGCGCGCGAGCUGCUGUCGAGCCUGGCGCCGCAGUCGACCCUACAGAUGGAUUACCAGUGGGCAAAGGAGGAGGGGAUCCUGGCCAUGGACAACGGCACGGGCGUCGAGAACUUCACCUGCGACCCGCACACCGAGAUGUUCUGCAUACAGAAUCGGAUAUCCGACGAUCAGAUUAUAAACUCGAUGCGACUCAACGCCAUUCUGGGGUUGCUCUGCCUGAUCUUAUUCGACGUUCUGUAUUCCAAGCUGAUCUUUUACAGAAUACGAACGAUCCUUCCAAGAGUCACAGUGAAGCCACCGCCACUUCCGAUUUCAGGCUGGUGGCAGUUCUGGCGUUGGCUGGGCCACUGCAUUAUGACUUCAGAUAGGGAUGUACUGGCCAGCUCAGGAAUGGACGCCCUGAUGCUGGUCAAGGCGAUGACUUUCGGCAUGCAGCUCUUUCUCCCAUUGUCAGUUGUUGCAGCCCUAAUAUUGAUUCCUAUCCACAAGGAGGGGAACAUGCUGCAAAGCAAUAUCCCGAAGGGGAAGCAGGGACUCUUUGGCCAUUUUGCCCAGCUCACAGCAAGCAACUUGGAGCAGGGCGCCAGAAUCUUCUGGGUGCACUUUGCCUGUGUCUAUCUCUUCAUUGGCUAUGCAAUGAUGCUGCUCUUCUACCACCACAAGAGAUAUGUCCAUCUCCGUCACCACUAUUUGACAGCUGGCGAUGACCUAAACCUCUGGCGCGACCAAUAUCAGUCUCAUACUGACAAUGAGAUCACCAUCAAGCCUUCAAAAAGCAAGUUUGUGAGGUUUCUGCAAAUGGCCAGCGGGAUCCGUGGGUCUGACCUCGACAGACGGCUGUCGACUGAGCCCAGAGGCAUACUCGCCACAGCGGCAUCGAUGAAAGUGAAAGAAACAGCAAACUUGAUGAAGCAGCAGAAACAGAGGAGGCGGAACCUGCAAUUGAAUGUGGGAACAAGCAGUGAUGGAGGCAGUUCGCCAGCAGCAAACAUUGACAGCGCUCACGAGGCUUCAGGAUGCCCUACACCCUGUCUGGAAUCCCAUGCCUUGAGCCUGGUCCAUGAGGAGGCAGAGAUCGGUGUUGCAGCUGAGACUGGCAGCACCAUGGUGAACAUGGAUAGAGGUCCUGAGGGAGGCGAUGCCUCCAAAGAAGACAAUACCAGAAGUCAUCUGAACAGCUGUGGAGUACCAAAGGUGUACAAAUGGUGGCAAGUCGGACGGCACGGAGGAAGGGCCCAAGAGGGCAGCUCUCGGGGCCUUUUGUCAUCGCAGCCAUCCAUUCGUUUCCUGAAGACAGUGAAUACCAACACAGAAGAUGGGCUUCCCAUUGCUGUCAAUGCUCAGCAGUACACUGUGCUGCUGACAGAUGUGCCAAACCUGUCGAAAGCUGCUAAGAGGAAGUUGCAACCUACCACACAGCUUGGCCGAGCGCUCCGCUGGGUCCAUGUUCACUUCUUUGGAGGGCUUUUGCACAACGAACUUUGUGAACCGGAUAUGGAGGGCUUGUUGAGCUCAGAGAAUGUGUCUGGCAAUGCAUCACUUGAUGAUGAGAACCUGCCUUUCGAGGAUGACAGUGCUGAAGUCACAGAGGGAAGAUCGACCCUGUUUUCAGCAAAUGGAUCCAAGAAACGAAAGUCUGGUCCACCAUCCCUGUCCAAGAACCUGCUGAAGAAGGGUUGGGCAAAAGUAGCCUCCAAGGUCAAGAAUCGGGAGAUAUUCCACCUUGAGAAGACAGUAAUCGCCAACAGCUUUCAGGAGCUGUUCCCUGAUGACUUUGUUGGGGUCCUCCCUGUGUUUGUGCACAAGCCCGUGGAUGACCUUUUGAUUCAGUGGGAUGAGCUCAGCAGGCAGCUGGAGAUCAUCCAGGGCCGAGCUGAAAGGAAAGGGAAAACAAUCUUGAUCAGAGAGAGGAAAUGGUGGAGCUGGCUGUGUCUUGGACUAUGUGGGGUCAGCAGGGCAGAAGAUGCAACAAAGUACUAUACCAGAAAGAUAGCAAUCAUGGAGGCAAAGAUAGACAGAGAGAGGAAGAAGGUGCUCAGAAGCAAGCCCUCCUCUUCCUGGCUUGUGUUCUUCAGGACGCAGCGUGCUGCCACAAUUGCCACGCAGACCCUCCUGCAUUCAGACACUGGGCAUAAGUUCCGUGCGCGCCCCGCACCUGGACCUGAUGAGAUGAACUGGCAGGGCCUUUGGAAAACAUGGGUGGAAAAGGACAUCCGCCGCGUGCUGGUGUUUCCAUUUGUCCUGGCUUUCAUCCUACUGCCCAUUGGUAUAUUUGCUGGCAGCUUGUCCAUGUUCAACUCCUAUCUGUGCCAAACAGGCAAAGACGGUUCACUCCCACAUGACCAGUGGUACUGUCGACAUGACACUGGGCUGGGAACAUAUCUGUCUGGAUGGCUGCCACCGGUGCUUGUGGCCUUUUGGCAGACGACUGUCCUUCCACUGGGUUUCUACUACCUCCUGCAGGUGCAAGGCUCAUGCAUCUCAUUGAGCGAGUUGGAUCGCAAGAUCGCUGGCCUGUUUUUUCACUGGGAUGUGUGGAACAUCUUCAUGGGUGGCAUGCUCGGAGGCACUGUCCUUCAGGAGCUGGGGAAAGCUGCCAAAAAUACAGGGGACAUUCCUAUUAUGAUCGGAACUGCGAUGCCUCUGUCAUCAAAUUUCUUCAUCAACUACAUUGUCAUGAGGGCAUUCUUUUUGAUGCCAUACCAGCUGCUCUUCCCGCAUCCCAACUGGUGGAAUUUCCUGAUGAAGCUUGGUGGCCACUGUGGAUGCGCCCCUACCGAACGAGAGCGCACUGAGCUACUUGAGCCCACGAGCAUUCGCUUUGGGCGUGAGUUUGGAGUAGUGAUGUUGACGUUCUUGAUCGCCUUGGCCUAUUCGGUGAUCGCCCCCAUCAUCCUGCCGUUCGCCCUUCUGUUCUUCAUGCUGGCUUGGCUGACAUGGCGGUACCAGGUCCUUUAUGUAUUCGUCAGGAAGUACGAGUCUGGAGGCAAGAUGUGGCCUUUCUUCUUCAACCGUAUGCUGUUUUGCCUGUGGCUUUUCCAGGUGUUUACAUCUUGUGCGCUCACUGCAAAGGCGGCAUACUAUCAGGCAUUUAUCCUGUGGGUGACAGUGCCCUACAUUCUGUUGAAGUUCCACAGCUAUUGUGAAAGGCGCUUCAGGGCAGGAAUGGAGCACAUCCCUCUGGAAAUGGCGAAUAUGGCCCCUCCGGCUAUCAUAGACCCGAAGGUGUACACCCCGCCAGCACUGAUCCCUGGCUGUGCUGGGUGGCAUCCGGAGUACAACAAAGCAUGGGAGGGGUGGGAUGCGCCCAGGUACACGAUUUGA